AUGUAAUACACACAAACGCAGCUAGAAAUCAGCUUAGCUAGUUUUAAGGAUAUAAGAAACAAUUUGAAGGAUGAAUUUUAAGAUUACAUUCUACAAAAUAACUCAAAAGACAAGGAGACACCUAACAAUUUUGGAAUUAUCCUAAAGGAGUUAAAAAAUAAGAAUCAAUAAAAGCAACAGUAACUAGCGAUGAAUUCCCUUCCUGAUUUUUCACAAGCGUCUACAUAUUCAUAAAAUGUAAUUGGUCGUAGCAUUUAUUUAGUAUUAAUUUUCAAAUUCAGGUGAUGAAACCGAAAGAUUAACAAAAGAGUUAGAAGUUCAAAAGUCUUUAAUUCAAAGUGAAGUAGAACUUAAAAAAUCUAUCAAUUUCAUCAAAAAGCAAAUUUAUCCUUUACAAGAAUAUGCUAAUCAGCUGUCUCUAUAGUAAAAGUAAGCAGAAAGUGAAAGUAAAACAGCUGAGUCUGAAUCUGUAUGAUUAUAUAUUAAAUUAGAAAGAAUAGAAUAAAAAAAACAAUUGGCGAACUAUAAUCUUCAAUUGCUAGGUUAAAAUAUUAAAGAUAAUAAUAUCGUGAUUUUAUAUAUGAGCAAAGUAUGAAAGUAGAACAAAAUCUAAAAUAAGAACAAAGCACUCUUGAGUAAUAAAAUGAAGCAGUUGAGAAUUUGGUCUAAACAAUAUCCAAAUAGAAGGCUUAAAUUGAAGAUCUAAUAAAAUAAUAAUAUGAAAAAAUGGAAAAAAGCGAAUAAUAAAGAAUUACAAUAUAGAACUACUUAACAUUAACAAAAUUAUACGAAUUUUGCACGAACUAGAUAGAAUAAUUAAAUGUGAAUGAUAACACAUAAAGAAUCAGCAGCGAAUCUGAAUCUUCAGGCAAAGAUGAUUUAUACUCAGAUUAAGAAGACUCAAUAAUCACAAGCAAUAAUUUUUUUUAAACUCAGGUUCAAACAUCAUCUUAGCCAAGAUCAAAACAGCGAAUAGCAACGCCAAAGAAAAAAAAGAAGGAAAAAAAGAAAUUAACAUAUCCAUAAUUAAUGGAGAAGUUUUAGAAAUCAAAAGAAUUGCUUUCAAAAAUUAAAAAUGAUGUAGAUAUCAAUAUCAUGGAAUAAUUUAUUUUGAAUCAUUAUUAAGAGUAAUCUGAAAUACAAAGGUAAUUAGCAGAUCAACAUUAAGUUUUAUAAGAAUCAAAAGAUGAGUAUUUACAUGAAAUUUAGAUGCUAAACGAUAAAGUAUUACUUAUUGUUUAUCUUAGCUAAAUCUGACAGAUGAUGUGAGAGAAAAAUUAGUAAGAUGUCAAGAACCCACUUCUGAAAACUUUAAUUAGAAAAUCUUAACUCAUAAAAUAGCUAAUACAAGUAAUGAGAAUGAAUUGCAGAUCAUAAAAUAAACUGAUAAAUUGAUUAAGUUGGAGGCGUUAUUCUUUACUUUGAAUACUAGAGCCAUGUCUCUUUUAAGAAGAAUAUGUUCUAUUUUAUAGAACAUAUAAUAGAUAAGCGAGAAGUUAGAUAAUCGAAUCAUUAAUGUUUAUUAAAAUGCAGUGCUAACUGUUGGUCUACUAAGAUCGAAUAAUGAGCUAGAUUUGAAUCAAUUUCCCAAAUUUAAGAAACUUUUAAAAGGAAAUAAUCUUACUUUAAUUUAUUGUGAUUAGCAAGUAUUUCAAGAGUUCUGUGAAAAAGUUGAAAAUUUAACUGAUGAUGGCUUAUCUACCAAUUUUUCAUUAUUAAUUGAAAUGUGUAUGACAAGAAUAGCUGGAGAAACUUAAUGUAUUUAUGAAUAAAUUUCAACUAUUUGUAAUUGUCUCAAAGAUGAAGUAAGAAGACUAUGCAAUUAUGGAAGUCUAAGAUCUUUUAGAGACUUAACGAGCAUGCCAAUAACAAAUUUAGCUAAUUCAUAUAAUGCCCCUACUAUGAGAAAAUUAAAAGAAUAUUCGGACUCUAAAUAAUCAGAAGUGACUAGCAAGAAAUCAAUGGAGAGAUUUGAGUAAUAUUUUUCAAUUUAUAAGGAAAAAAUCAUUAUUGGCCGAUGAGUUUAAGUUUGUUAUUGAUCAAAACGAAAAAAGCUUAAAUGAAGAUGACAUAGAUGAAUUCUAUUAUCAAAUAAAAAAAGAAAUAGAAGCCAAACCAUCAACUAAAACAACAAGAAUUGAGACAGCCAAUCUUACAAAAACAACUCUGGUUUAUGAUUAACCUUAAAAAAAUAAAAUGACAGAAUUUUUUAGAUCAAAUUCUAAGGUGUCUUAAUCAUUAAGAAGAAUUUAAUCAUGUAAAGUUAAUAUUAAACUAUUAGAAGGAUAAUUUAUUGACGCUUAAUCAAAGAACUUUAGGUAGUUUCUAGAGAAAGAAUAAAAACAUAUUGAGUUAUUGUCAAGAAUGAAUCGUACUGGGAGCACAUCUGCAUUUUAACCAACAACAUUAAGACCGAAAUCUCAAGAAAAAACUCGGGUUCUAAAUAUAUUACCAAGAACAAUCAGCGCAUCAUAACAAUAAAGAUCUGCAAGGAAGAAAAUUGUUGCUUUACAACUUGAAAAGGACAUGAAACGAUUUAAUGAUCAAGUAGGUAGAUUUACAAAACUAAAGUUGAAUUGA